AUGUCGGGGUCCGGAUACGAUGCCGUGGUGGACGUGGAUGACGAGGGCGACCUCGGCCACACCGAUCUCCAAGAGGACCUCGAAUUCCACAACUCAAACUUCCACGAGUCGGCGGCGGGCGGCCGCAAAGGUCGCCCGGCGUCGAGCCUGCCGCCGCCCGUGACGGCGCCCUCGUCGUCGUCGCCCAAGCGCUUCCUGUGGACCCUCUCCUUUUACGGACAGUUCUUCGACGUCGACACGUCUGCGGUGCUAUCGCGGUGCUGGGCUGCUCUCUUCCCCCGAGCCAACUUCCUCGACGUACUCGAGGGCAACCCCGAUCUCUACGGGCCCUUUUGGAUCGCAACAACCGUUGUCUUGAUCCUGUUCCUCGGCGGCACAAUCAGCAAGUACUUGGCGGCGACAAGGUCUACGCCUUUUGCCUAUGACUUUAGGCUCCUGAGCGGUGCUGCUGGCCUCAUCUAUGGAUACACGCUUUUCAUCCCCAUGGCUCUCUUCCUCGCCCUCAGAUACUUUGGCAGCGAGUUGGCCAACCUCCUCGAAUGCUGGACCCUGUACGGCUACGCCAACUUGAUCUGGAUCCCGGUUGCCAUCAUCAGCUGGUCGCCCAUUGAGAUUCUUAACUGGGUCUUCGUGGGCGUCGGUUUCGGCCUGUCCGUCGCCUUCCUCGUCCGCAACAUGUACCCCGUCUUGAGCGCGACCGACUUCCAGGUCAGCAAGGUGCUCCUCAUACUCGUGGUGCUCCUCCACGCCGCCCUGUCACUCACCAUCAAGAUCCUGUUCUUUGCCCACGGCAGUCCGGUGGCCAGGGCCCCUGGCGAGGGCGGUCCCGACAAUCAGACGGGCGAGAAGACGCCAAGUAUGUUUUAG